AUGCGUAUGCAGAAUCAAAUGCCGAAUCAAAUGCAAAACCAAAUGCAAGUGCGAAACCCGGCUGAAGGUACCAUUCCCCUAAACCCUUUUUCUUUUUUAAUAUUUCCUUUUUCAGCUCGUCAACACCGUGCACCGAACCAGUUGGCCCAUCCACCACUACCUUUUCCGGGUGAGUACAGAGCAGAAGGACAACAAGACUUUAAACGUUUUUUUUCAGGAGCACCCGGAUACGGACAGUUCGGAGCCCCGAUGCCGGCUCCGGGACAAGGUUACUACGUCUGUCAUGGAGGUAAAAACAUGCGUUCGCGUCUGCUCUUCAAAUGCUCUUUUUUCCAGACGCCCGCCAUGAGCAAAUGAUGAACGGGUUCGCGCAGGCGGCACCGAUGUACGGACAUCAGCAAGGCCGCCUCCAGACUCUCGCGGCCUUCCAGCCACGUCCCCAGCACCCUGGCUACCCUCCGCAAGGAUUCAAUGGCGGCGGACCGCUCGCCGCACCUCUUCCGGGACACGAAAUGAUCACGAUGAGAGUGGAGGAUUCGCACGCGUAUCACGAUUUGAGUGAGGACACACGAACAGUCGACUUUGAAUGAUUCUCGAGUUUCAGAGCAAAAGUUAGAGAUGAUGACGAAGGAGAGGGAUGUUUUCAUGCGGAAGGCUGCCGAGCUGGAAGCCCGUUUUACGGCGGCUUCUCCAGCAUCUCCGUUGGACGGUUAGCGUUCUUUUAAUCGUGAUCCGUUCAUCUCUACUCUUUGCAGAAACUAUUUCGUCGCAUCAGUCCGUGAGCCCGACUCCCACUCCGGUCACAGUGAAAUUUGCUAAGAAAAACAAAGAGAAGCGCCGAAUCCCACUGAUCAAGAUCGAAGGUCCAGAUCUCCAGAGUCCGGAAGAGCGGAUUUUGGAUGUUCAGUUGGAGCCACGCGAAGAGCCGGAUGAAGACAUCGGUAGUGGCGUCCAGAUAGACGAAGACGACCAGAGCGAAUCUGCGGAGCAGAAUGAGUUCGACGAGAUGGUUGAAGAUCAAGUUCAAGACCAUGAGAACGACCGAAGCGAAUCUCCGGCUCCACGUCGACAAGAAGUACAAGGAAGAGGAGGAAGAGGAGGAAGAGGAGGAAGAGGAGAAAGAGGAGGAAGAGGAGGAAGACAAGGACUACGAUCAAGAGGACAAAUCGCACCUGUGCAGCCGAACAGCGACCACGUGAUGGAUGAAGAUCAAGCUCAAGACCAUGAGGACCACCAAAGCGAAUCUCCGGCUCCACGUUCACAAAGAGGACGAGGAAGAGGAGGAAGAGGACAGGGGAGGACGACAAAUUGCACCUAUCGAGCCAGAGAUGGUCGAAAAUGACGCUGGAGACGGUGAAUCUGCGGCUCCACGUCUACAAGGAAGACAAGGACUACGAUCAAGAGGACAGAUCGAAGCUGUGCAGCCGAAUAGCGACGACGUGAUGGAUGAAGAUCAAGGUCAAGACCAUGAGGACGACCGAAGCGAAUCUCCGGUUCCACGUCGACAAGAAGUACAAGGAAGAGGAGGAAGAGGAGGAAGAGGAAGAGGAGGACGACAAAUUGCACCUGUGCAGCCGAAUAGCGACGACGUGAUGGAUGAAGAUCAAGCUCAAGACCAUGAGGAUCGAAGCGACCGAAGCGGAUCUCCGGCUCCACGUCCACAAGGGGGACGAGGAAGACGAGGAAGAGGAGGAAGAGGUCGGGGAGGACGACAAAUUGCACCUGUGCAGUCAGAGACGGUCGAAAAUGAAGCUGGAGAUCUGGCAGGUUUGGAUGCUCAGUUGGAGCCACGCGAAGAGCCGGAUAGAGACAUCGGUAGUGGCGUCCAGAUAAACGAAGACGACCAGAGCGAAUCUGCGGAGCAGAAUGAGUUCGACGAGAUGGUUGAAGAUCAAGUUCAAGACCAUGAGAACGACCGAAGCGAAUCUCCGGCUCCACGUCGACAAGAAGUACAAGGAAGAGGAGGAAGAGGAGGAAGAGGAGGAAGAGGAGAAAGAGGAGGAAGAGGAGGAAGACAAGGACUACGAUCAAGAGGACAAAUCGCACCUGUGCAGCCGAACAGCGACCACGUGAUGGAUGAAGAUCAAGCUCAAGACCAUGAGGACCACCAAAGCGAAUCUCCGGCUCCACGUUCACAAAGAGGACGAGGAAGAGGAGGAAGAGGACGGGGAGGACGACAAAUUGCACCUAUCGAGCCAGAGAUGGUCGAAAAUGACGCUGGAGACGGUGAAUCUGCGGCUCCACGUCUACAAGGAAGACAAGGACUACGAUCAAGAGGACAGAUCGAAGCUGUGCAGCCGAAUAGCGACGACGUGAUGGAUGAAGAUCAAGGUCAAGACCAUGAGGACGACCGAAGCGAAUCUCCGGUUCCACGUCGACAAGAAGUACAAGGAAGAGGAGGAAGAGGAGGAAGAGGAAGAGGAGGACGACAAAUUGCACCUGUGCAGCCGAAUAGCGACGACGUGAUGGAUGAAGAUCAAGCUCAAGACCAUGAGGAUCGAAGCGACCGAAGCGGAUCUCCGGCUCCACGUCCACAAGGGGGACGAGGAAGACGAGGAAGAGGAGGAAGAGGUCGGGGAGGACGACAAAUUGCACCUGUGCAGUCAGAGACGGUCGAAAAAUGAAGCUGGAGAUCUGGCAGGUUUGGAUGCUCAGUUGGAGCCACGCGAAGAGCCGGAUAGAGACAUCGGUAGUGGCGUCCAGAUAAACGAAGACGACCAGAGCGAAUCUGCGGAGCAGAAUGAGUUCGACGAGAUGGUUGAAGAUCAAGUUCAAGACCAUGAGAACGACCGAAGCGAAUCUCCGGCUCCACGUCGACAAGAAGUACAAGGAAGAGGAGGAAGAGGAGGAAGAGGAGGAAGAGGAGAAAGAGGAGGAAGAGGAGGAAGACAAGGACUACGAUCAAGAGGACAAAUCGCACCUGUGCAGCCGAACAGCGACCACGUGAUGGAUGAAGAUCAAGCUCAAGACCAUGAGGACCACCAAAGCGAAUCUCCGGCUCCACGUUCACAAAGAGGACGAGGAAGAGGAGGAAGAGGACAGGGGAGGACGACAAAUUGCACCUAUCGAGCCAGAGAUGGUCGAAAAUGACGCUGGAGACGGUGAAUCUGCGGCUCCACGUCUACAAGGAAGACAAGGACUACGAUCAAGAGGACAGAUCGAAGCUGUGCAGCCGAAUAGCGACGACGUGAUGGAUGAAGAUCAAGGUCAAGACCAUGAGGACGACCGAAGCGAAUCUCCGGUUCCACGUCGACAAGAAGUACAAGGAAGAGGAGGAAGAGGAGGAAGAGGAAGAGGAGGACGACAAAUUGCACCUGUGCAGCCGAAUAGCGACGACGUGAUGGAUGAAGAUCAAGCUCAAGACCAUGAGGAUCGAAGCGACCGAAGCGGAUCUCCGGCUCCACGUCCACAAGGGGGACGAGGAAGACGAGGAAGAGGAGGAAGAGGUCGGGGAGGACGACAAAUUGCACCUGUGCAGUCAGAGACGGUCGAAAAUGAAGCUGGAGAUCUGGCAGGUUUGGAUGCUCAGUUGGAGCCACGCGAAGAGCCGGAUAGAGACAUCGGUAGUGGCGUCCAGAUAAACGAAGACGACCAGAGCAAAUCUGCGGCUAUUUGUCGACGAGGAGGACGAGGAAGAGGACGCGGUGGACGAGGAGGCCGAGGAGGACGAGGAGGCCGACUGACACGACAAAGCGCAACUGUACAGCCGAAUACCGACGACGAGAUGGUCGAAGAUCAAGUUCAAGACCAUGAGGACGACCGAAGCGAAUCUGCGGCUCCACGUCGACGAGGAGUUGCCGAGGCAGUCUCCGAUUCGUCCGACGACGUUGAGUUCACUCCGGAGAAACAAGAGAAGUGGAACGAAGCGGUCGCCCAGUCCGAGAAAGUCUUCGAGGAGCUCGGGAAACAGACUCUGCUAGGUACUCCUUUAAAUUGACACUUUUUUUUUCCUUAAAACCAACACGUACUCUGUUUCAGUCUCGCCGCGUGUCCGCUUCCCGGCCUGUCUCUUCAACCCAAAUGGCGUGCGUCAGAUUCCACAGCCGGUUCGGAAUGCGCCGAAGCCGCAAGCGCUGUUCGCAUGGCACAUGGCGGAGAAUGACCGUCCACAAGGUACACCCUCAAUCCACGGCUCUCCAGACACAGUUUCCAUUGCAGAAAAGUGGUCGAACGCGUCGGAGGACGUGCAGAACGACUUCAAGAAUCUCGUGAAGUUGUUGACAAAGAAAAGGGAGGUUCAGGAGAGCCUCGGAUACACCAUUCUCUACACGGUAAUGCAGGAGAGGAAAAGAAGGGUGAGAUUGAGCCGAGAUCAGGUUGGAACAUAAUAGUUGGUCUUUCAGAUGGCGGUCGAUAAUCACCGUGCUCCCAAGAGAGGCCGAGUGGACCAGGAGGAGCCGGUCGAGCAGGACCGUGAAGAUCCGGAGGUUGGGGCCCAGGAGCUUUCGGUUGAGCGGAACCACGAGGAGCCGGCCGAGCAGGACCAAGAGAUGUGGGCCGAGCGGGACCAGGAGAUGUCAGCCGAACGGGACCUGGAGCUGUCGGCCGAGCGGGACCAGGAAAUGUCGGCUGAGCGGGACCAAAAGAUGUCGGCCGAGCGGGACCCGGAGGAGCUGGCCGAGCAGGACCGUGAAGAUUCGGAGGUUCGGGUCCAGGAGCUUUCGGUUGAGCGGAACCACGAGGAGCCGGCCGAGCAGGACCAAGAGAUGUGGGCCGAGCGGGACCAGGAGAUGUCAGCCGAACGGGACCUGGAGCUGUCGGCCGAGCGGGACCACGAGGAGCCAGCCGAGCAGGACCAGGAGAUGUCGGCCGAGCGGGACCAAGAGAUGUCGGUUGAGCGGGACCGUGAAGAUCCGGAAGUUCGGGUCCAGGAGCUUUCGGUUGAGCGAAACCACGAGGAGCCGGCCGAGCAGGACCAAGAGAUGUGGGCCGAGCGGGACCAGGAGAUGUCAGCCGAACGGGACCUGGAGCUGUCGGCCGAGCGGGACCACGAGGAGCCAGCCGAGCAGGACCAAGAGAUGUGGGCCGAGCGGGACCAAGAGAUGUCGGUUGAGCGGGACCGUGAAGAUCCGGAAGUUCGGGUCCAGGAGCUUUCGGUUGAGCGAAACCACGAGGAGCCGGCCGAGCAGGACCAAGAGAUGUGGGCCGAGCGGGACCAAGAGAUGUCGGUUGAGCGGGACCGUGAAGAUCCGGAAGUUCGGGUCCAGGAGCUUUCGGUUGAGCGGAACCACGAGGAGCCGGCCGAGCAGGACCAAGAGAUGUGGGCCGAGCGGGACCAGGAGAUGUCGGCCGAACGGGACCUGGAGCUGUCGGCCGAGCGCGACCUGGAGCUUUCGGUUGAGCUCUAA